AGAAAUUUGAGUGUUGCCUCGGAGCAACCUUCCUGUUAUAGAUAUAGACUAUGUUUAUACUAACUGAAGUUAUCUAUGGGCUAGAUAUGCAAAACGCCUUGCUCUAUGUAUAUGACAACUUCCGGGAGCGCUACAUUGAAGCCGCCAUAGCAGAGCAAUCUCCAGACACAAACAUGUGCUGCUUCUCGGCACUUGCUUAUAUGAUGCGAUCCAAAGCACCAGGUCGUUCCAACGAUGUACCAACCAGCGCGAGUACAUCGAUGGCCCUUCCUCUGAGAACCUCUAGACGUAAUUCCGUGCCUCCGACGCCGUCUUCCCACUUUAUCUCGUAUCUUGCCAAAAACCCCCGAACCCCAACGCGCAAACUCUUACAGCCAUAUCUAACGUACGAGGCUCGACUGCGAGAAUUGUUUGCAAAGAAUGACCCCCAGGUUCACGAUCUAGCGAACCUAGUACCGGUCUAUAAUGGCCAAGAAGAUAUGUUCAAGAUCCGGACAAUAGAUCGCCAGCUAGCUGAUGACGACAAGUAUAUCAUGCCGUUGAAGGAUGAUCAACGAGAAGCCGAUGGAAGUCUAGCCAUUACAUCAUCAUUAGCGGAUUAUCGGGAUAACUUCGAUGGAUUCACACAUGGUACACUGGCAGGCCUAGAUUGGUCCAACAUCGUGGUAGCCGGGUCAUCUGCGCUUCUCCCCCUUCUUUCUUACCGCAGAGACGUGCAUAUCGAGUAUGAUCACGCAAUAGAAAAUCCGCUCGAAACCUACUACCAAACCACCGCAGGCUCAAGUGAUAUUGAUAUAUUUCUCUACGGAUUAGACAACGAGGAUGAUGCGGUCAGACGUAUCCUUGAAUUAGAAAACAUAGUUCGAAAGAAUCAACGUUUAUUUACCGGCCAGGCCCUGUCCCUGCGCUCGAAGAAUGCGAUCACCUUCAUUUCACCGAGAUACCCAUUCCGUCAUGUACAGGUUAUACUUAGGCUCUAUAAGUCAAUUAGUGAGAUCUUAACAGGUUUUGAUGUCGAUUGCGCUUGUGUUGCCUUCGACGGAACACAAGUGUACACCAAUCCGCGAGGGAUCACUGCCAUCACCACGCGCACCAAUACUAUCGAUCUCACCCGUCGUAGCCCGUCCUACGAAAACCGCUUGUUUAAAUAUCGCAACCACAACUUCGAAGUAUACUGGGAUUCCCUCGACAGAUCACGAGUCAAGGAGAUAUAUGUCGAAAAUGAUGAAAGUCCCCGUGAACUAACCGGCCUGGCUCGAUUAAUUCUUUCCGAGCAAAACCUUCGGGAAUAUAUUAACUCAUACCGGCUAAAACGAGCCCUUAAGAGGUAUGAUGAUGGCGGAGAACCGGUCCUGACCGCGCCGAGUGGAUACGCCUCCCAUGAAAUCCCAUAUGGCGAGAAAUUUACAGCUGAGAGAGUUCGCCAGUAUGUCAUAGAACACUCCAAGGAGCCGUACAUGUUUGGAACCAUUCAUGAAGUCACCGGCCAGCAAUCCAGCUCAAGUAAGAAGGGCAAGGGACGGCUGUCCCAGAAAAUAACGUUCAUAAAAGACAACCCCGGCCGCCAGAUGAUAGGUAGUUUCUACCCUAUAACGGAUGACGACUGGACUGAGAUGGCAUAUGAAGAAGAGUAAAAAGUUUCAUCUAUAAUUCUUUCACAGGCACUUUCAAUAUUUUCUAGAUGAAGCAAAAUCAUCAACUCAACAAAAACAAAUGAAAUCAGUCCUUUUUAAGUCAAUGUACCUACUUAGGUCAAUCGUUUUGCCGGUAUUCUCUUGAGCUUGGACUUACUAUAAGAUAGACAUGGGGAGUGGCGGCCAAAAACAGGCCUCCAGCUCAACUCUACCAUCGGUACCAUGUAAGGCUACGAUUCAGCAAUUAGCUAAACCAUUUCUAGCUUAAAUAGCAUUAUGAUAGACCCUAUUUCUAGAGAAAGAGAUAAUGAAAUAGCUUCUAGCUAUCGGGAAUCUUGUCCAAUACUAAAGCAUUAGAUAAUAGAUUGUUACGGAAUCAUGAAAGCAAAGUCUAAUCAAUAGGACAAUAGAUAGUUAAAAUACAAUGGGU